UGCAAGAAAAAUUCCAAACGUGAACUGUACCUCAAAUUACCGAAAUCUCCCUCGUUCCAUGUUCCAUUCUCGAUUCAACUGAGAUUUUCUUUAAACCCUAAACGUGAAAAGGGGGUUUAUGCUCUACCCAAAAAUCUUAACACAGUCUUUUAUUGCAGUGAUUGAAUUGAGCUACAGAUAGGUUUAUACUUUCGAAAGCCCGUUAAUGGCGGCUUCCAGGUUCGCAUCGUUGGCUGCUAUGGCGGCUGCCGCGGCCGCAUCAACCACCACUUACUCGUACGCCGACGCUCCGUCGUAUCGUUUCAAUCCGUUUGCUCAAUCUCCGACACCAUCCCAGUCGCCCCAAUCGGGGUCGGAGCCUUCAAACACGGAACCUAAGCCCGAGGUUGAGGAUUCGAAAGGGGGUUUUGAUCCUGAAGCUCUAGAAAGGGGAGCUAAAGCACUCAGGGAAAUCAAUAGUAAUCCCUAUUCUAAGCAGGUGUUUGAGGUGAUGAGAAAACAAGAAGAGGCUCGUCUUGCUGAAUUGGCAGCAGAGAAGGCUCAUCAGGAAGCCAUUCAGGCUCAACUUGCUAUCCAACAACAGCGUAAACUUGCAGAAGACCAAAUGAAUUUAGUAGAAAAACAAUCACAAGUUAAAGCCCAAAUGUUACGAUAUGAAGAUGAGUUAGCUAGGAAAAGAAUGCAGACAGAUCAUGAAGCUCAAAGACAACACAAUGCUGAAUUGGCUAGAAUGCAAGAGGAAUCUUUAAUAAGAAAAGAACAAGCAAGAAGAGUAACUGAAGAACAGAUUCAAGCUCAACAAAGACAAACAGAGAAAGAGAGAGCUGAAAUAGAACGUGAAACCAUUAGAGUUAAAGCCAUGGCUGAGGCUGAAGGUCGUGCACAUGAAGCAAAACUAACUGAAGAUCACAACAGAAGAAUGCUUGUGGAACGAGUCAAUGGUGAGAAGGAAAAAUGGCUUGCUGCAAUCAACACAACUUUUGGUCACAUUGAAGGUGGUGUCAGGAUGUUGUUGACAGAUAGAAGUAAACUAGUAAUGACUGUUGGAGGAGUUACUGCUUUAGCUGCAGGAGUUUAUACAACCAGGGAAGGUGCUAGGGUUUUGUGGGGAUAUGUAAACCGAAUUCUUGGACAACCAUCACUAAUUCGAGAAUCAUCCAUGGAAAAAUUCCCAUGGUCAGGAAUUGCCACACGUGCAACCCAAAAAAUUCGCAAUUAUUCUUCUGGAAAAUCAUCUUCUCUUAAAGAUAAAUCUAAAUUUGGAAACAUUGUACUCCAUCCUUCUUUGCAAAAAAGAAUAGAGCAUCUUGCUAAGGCUACUGCAAAUACAAAGUCUCAUCAAGCUCCAUUUCGCAACAUGCUUUUCUAUGGUCCACCUGGCACUGGCAAAACCUUGGUUGCAAGAGAAAUUGCAAGAAAAUCGGGUUUGGAUUAUGCAAUGAUGACAGGAGGAGAUGUUGCUCCACUUGGUGCACAGGCUGUAACUAAAAUCCAUGAAAUAUUUGACUGGUCAAACAAGUCAAAAAGGGGUUUACUUCUCUUCAUUGAUGAAGCUGAUGCUUUCCUUUGCGAGCGUAACAGCACACACAUGAGCGAAGCCCAACGAAGCGCAUUAAACGCGUUACUCUUCCGAACCGGCGACCAAUCACGUGAUGUCGUUCUCGUCCUGGCCACAAACCGACCCGGGGAUCUCGAUAGCGCGAUAACUGACCGUAUCGACGACGUAAUCGAAUUCCCCCUCCCACAAGAAGACGAACGCUUCAAACUUCUAAAACUUUAUUUACAAAAAUACCUUCAUGAAGAAGACGACAACAAUGAAUCCAAAUGGAAAUCCCUUUUCAAAACCAAAACUAAAAAGAUUGUGAUCAAAGAAUUAUCGGAUGAUAUAAUCCGAGAGGCGGCUAAAAAAACCAAAGGGUUUUCGGGCCGUGAAAUAGCAAAAUUAAUGGCGAGUGUUCAAGCCGCGGUUUAUGGGAGGCCGGAUUGUGAUUUGGAUUCGGAGUUGUUCAUGGAGGUUGUUGAUUAUAAAGUUGGUGAACAUCAACAAAGAAUUGAGCUUGCAAAUUCAUAGUUGAAUAAUGAAUACAUUUACCAUAACAUAUUUGAAGAAGAGAGAGAAUAAGGGAUGGCUUUUUGUAGGAUUUUGAGGAUUUGAGCAUUAGGUAGAGGAUUUGGGGACUAGGGUUUUGAUUUUUUGUUUGUGUGCUUGUUAAAAAGUAUUUAUUCAUAAAAAAAACGUUUUUACGUGGAGAUGAUUUUUGUGUUGGAAUUUGUAAUUGAGCCAUC